CUACUAUAAAAGGGGGAGGUGCUGCUGGGAAGUGGAAGGUCUUUCUAGGUCAUAACAACCGUAGGCACUCAGGACUCGAUCGGGUGUGAAUUCUACUUGCUUCACUUGGAUUUAAAUCUGUAGAAAGUCACCCAAACAGGAGCAGGCAGGAUGUCUUUGACCAUGACGCAGGCUAAUGAGGUCACUGUCCUGACACUGACCUCCGACUCCAAAAGUCGCUGGCCUCCUUUGUGCCAAAUCUUCUGCGGCCUCUGCUACAGCCCCUUUUGCUGCUCCGUGUCCCAGCACCUGAGGACGGCCAUGGGAACGUCCCAGUCUGCGCUUGGGGCGCUGCAUAUCAUGGUUGGUUUGCUCCACAUCGGCCUGGGUAUCAUUCUCCUGUGCACAGGACCUAGCAGCUGGUGGAGAAUGACGGACACUGUAUUUCCCGAGUGGCUGGGAGGACUGUUCAUCAUAUUCGGCAUCUUCUGUAUUUUGUCCGAGAAGUACCCAAGUCCAUGUCUGAUCAUUGUCAAUGUGAUACUGAACAUCUCAGGAAUCGCCUUUGCCAUCGCCGCUAUCGUACUCUACUCCUUCAACUUAGCACACACACACAUGUGGGACCUUUGUGAGCGCUACGACAAUCAAGGUUACUGGAGGAGAAAUCCGACCCCGACCAAGAGUGCCAGUGAGGAGCACAUGAAGAGGCAAUGCUUGGAGGGAAAAGACCUCCUUCUUACGCUCCUGAGAGCCAUCAACGGCGUUCUGAUCGUGCUGUCCGUCUUGGAGCUCUGCCUCGUCAUCAGCUCCUCCGUCUUGGCCAUCAAGGCUCUGACGUGCAGCAGCAACCGAGACAAGAAGAGCGUUGAUCCAGAGAAAUUCACCCCGCUUCUGGAGGAAAACAACCCUUCAGCCUAAAGAGAAAAUUCUUCCUCUUGCUGCAAUCGUUCAAAUCAGUGGUUCUGCACCUUAACAGCUUUCAUUUUAUACUGCUAUGCAUUUGCAAAGUGAUAUCAAGAUGUAUUAGCCAGUGUUCUUACAAGUAAUGUGGCAUUUUUUUAUACUUUACUUUUUAUACUAUACAGUAAUCUAUAUACAGUUUCCACUACUGAAAGAAAAAAAAAAUGGUGUCAUACUUAUGAGAUAUAAACUGUCCAUGUGAAGAAGGUGGCAUAAUUUCUCCAUAAUUUGGACUUUUUAUCUCAUAAUUUUGAAUUUUUUUGUUAUUGUCUUUUUAUCUUGUAAUUUUGACUUUUUACCAUUAUUAUGACGUACUAUUGGGAUAUUUUUUUGUCUUUUGUUGGCGGAAACGGGCUUCCAUAGUCCAUAGUAGCCACAUUUUGCGGUUUCACUCUUUCGUGCUUUUUCAAAAUUUUUUAUUGAAUUUGUUUUGUGUUUGACUAUGGCCUAUUAAAAAAAAAAAGCAUA